UCCCAUAUCUCAUGCAAGAUGUAAAUGACUUGUGCAUCUUUUCACAAAUCUAUGUCCUUUCUAUAAUCAUAUCAUAUGAUGUGUUCCAUCUGUGUUUCUGUGAGGACUUACAUGAUAGUAACUUAGCUAUUCUGCAAGUAACUUUUCAACCUCCCGUCAGAUCCAGAAAUCUUAAUAUAAUUAUCAUGUUUAAUUGCAUUAGAAGAUUUUAUCAAGAUUGGUUGCAAUCCUUUUUACCCUAUCAUGCAUAGUGUGUGAUUGUGCAAUACCUAUUUGCUUAAGCUGAUAAAUGCUUCAAUAUUAAUAUUUAUUAAUUGUUACUUCAAAUGUACCAUUUCUGUUUCUGAACAUGAGAUUACUAUCUUUCAUAAUUUAACAAGGUUAACAUGUUUUUGCUCUAAUUGCUGUGCUUUUUAUAAUGUCGCACAGAAAUUGUCCAGUAGUUACCGAUAUAUUUAUUAAAAUUUUCUAAUAAUUGUAGAGAUGAUGUCACAAAAAGAUCCAGUGGCUGCAGCAGCUCGGAAAUAUAAACCAAUGCAAUCUGCUGUGCCUGGAACAACCCUUGGUCCCAUUGAAAUUGAAGCUUUUCUGGGAGGAGGGAAAUUAUUUGACACACCUGGAGUGCAUCUUCACCAUAGGCAGGCAGCAGUUGUUCAUUCUGAAGAUCUGCCUUCUCUUGCACCUCAAAGUCGUCUAAGGGGACAAUCCUUCCCUGCAGUCUCAGAGAAGAGUACAUUGAAGGAUACCGAUGACAUUGGUCUAAAUGGAUUUUCAUUAUUCUGGGGCGGGCUUGUUCGCAUUGAUGUCAUUAAGGUUCUUCCAAGGACGCGUCUAACAUUCUAUGGGCCCAGAAAAUUGCAGAUUCAUAUGGUUCCGACUGUUGAAGCAAAUGAGUUUUACCAU